UAAGGCUCCUCGUCAGACCAUCCCACGACCACAAUCUCAGUUGGCUCACUUGGACGUCCUGGAACUCCUCGUCGCCAGCUGUGUUCUCUCACAGCAAUUCUGGGAACAUUUGGCAGCCCUCCCGCGGACGUCGUCCCCCCACUCUCAGUGCCCCAAUUGUUUUAUCCUUCUGUCUUACCCCUCUGAACCAAAACUAACCCCCCCCUUAGCCACCGCGUUCGAGCAGAAUUUAGAAAAUCAUGUCAGGAUCUGUUUACCGGUUAGAAACCCCACGGGCACGUCCGCCGCCGCCGCCAUUGCGCUUGCUCAAAGCUUCCUCGGUACCCAGCUCCAAUGGAAAUUCACAAACGCUCCUUUAUGACCUUCCCUCAUCCGUCACAUCGCCACCCAAUAGCCCAAAAGCGAAAUCUGACUUCACGUCACCCACAUCACCGACAUUCUCCGCUGGUAGAUCCAGAGGACGUCGGAGCGGUCGCCCGGGACCAACGCCUCCACCGUCCGCUCGAAAUCGAUCGAGCACUCCACUUGGCGUAUCUCGCAGCGACCUAGAGCAGUUUGCUGAAUAUUGUCGUGCAUGGUACUUUGACCAGGAUGAGGCGUCAGGGCGUCAGAUGACCCAAGUUCUUACAAACCUUAAACCUGCGCAACGUGCUCCAUACUCGCGACUGCAAGCCUCCGUGCGCUCAGCGUACCAUGCAAGCGUGAACGCACGGCGACAUGCUGAGUUUCAGGCACAUCUCACUGCAACGCAACCAGGUGGUUCUUUGAUGCCCCAUUCGCGAGCGAAUCCGACCGGCCCCGAGGCAAAGAAGGAGCGCUUUGAUAGAUUGGAUAGGUUUAUGAGGACGUGGUGUACCAUGGGCAUGCCAGGCACAAAGCCUUUCUUUGAGUCCCUGUGGGCAAUCAUGCGAUUGCAGGUACUUCCUGAAGAUCUUGGGGGUGCAGGGCCGUAUCGCAUUCGAUGGGAGUUUGAUGAUGCCGUGUUCAAAGAGGCAGCUGGCAAAGAUUUCAUGCUCGAUGCUAUCGAUGUACUCAAAGGGGUGCUUGCAUUUGAGGAUUCCCCUUCUGCAAACAGCAGGAGCGGCUCUGGGUAUCAGUCACCAACCGGCCAUGCUUUUCUGUCCCAAUUUUUACCCUUGGGCACCAAUACGCAGGUAACACCCACCACUCGCACACGAGCACCGAGCGAUCCAUUUCUGGACAUGCCCGCUCUGUCACAUUCCGCGUCGACCCAGUCAUCUAGCACGACUGCUCCCCAUCUUCCUUCAGGAUAUGAGGAGCGAGCCUCACCGGUUGUCUUGAAUGAACAAGUGGAGGAAGAUGGGGAAGUCCCGAUACCACUGCCACCUUUGCGAUCCGAGUUGGAGAUGGGAGAGUCCGAGGUACACAUGCGCACCUGGACAGCACCUGACCUAUCUAACCCGGAGUACCUGUCCUUACUAACCGUCUUCCCAUCCUUUAUCACUCGACGACCGUUGCCACGUUUCCCUGUAUCGAAGAAUCCUCGCGCCACUGACAUCGAAGAAGGAGAGGACGGGAGAGGAGAGGGUAAGGAAAUACGCUUCGGUACAGGUACAAUGUGGAUUAGCUCCAAGCGUCGAAGCGAGGGGUACAGAGGGCAUUGGUGGACGAGGUUCGUCCUAUGGUGGCGCGGAUUAUUCUGUUGAUACCUGACAAUUGGCUUGACGCCGCUUCUUGGAAUUGCUCCAUUGAUCAACUACUUCUAAAUAUUUUCCUGCCCUGAAGCAACCUUUGCGCUACACUCCUCUUCCAUAUGUAACACUCCCUUGUUUAUACACUUGCAAUCAUCCGCACAUUCACA